CCUGCAAGCCACAUGUGUUACUUAUUAACUUGGUGAGGGGCUUAUCUCCUUUUUUGGAGUUUGAACACAAAGCUCUUCAGUGACUUGCCGUUUUCAGGCAAGCAGGGCUUUUGGUAACUUCUGAGAUGGGAGCCGUGCCUUUGCACCAUGUGGGUGGCAUAUGCCUGUUUUUUAGUAUGUUUCAGAUUUUCUUCACUCCAUACACUGAUGCAGGAAACAUUUUGGUGUAUCCUGUAGAUGGCAGCCACUGGAUCAACAUGAAGAUCCUACUUGAAGAACUUCAUGCCAGGGGACAUAACAUCAGUGUUAUAAGAACCUCCACUACCUGGUACAUUACAGAAAAAUCCCCCCUCUACACCUCUAUAACAGUUAAAAGUGAUACAGAUGUGAAGGCGUUGUUAAAUGAUUUCGUACAAGACCAAAUGAAGGUGCUUCAAAAACGGACUUCUCUGCUGACAUUUUUCAGUCUCACAAAGAAAUUUCUAUCCUUCUUUGUUCAAGCCCAUACCCUGUGGUGUGAUGCCUUAUCACAAAUCUUUGAAGAUCCAAAUUUGCUUCAAAGCUUAAUAGAUACCCAGUAUGAUCUGGUUCUUACUGAUCCAGCAGUAGGAGCAGGUGUUGUGUUGGCUAAAUAUCUGAAACUUCCAUUAGUCCUCAACGUUCGCUGGAUUACGAGCGGAGAAGGCCACUUUGUGUUGGCUCCCUCACCCCUCUCUUAUAUCCCAGUAAUUCCAGGAUCUGGAUUAACAGACAAAAUGGAUUUCUCCCAGAGAAUCAAGAACAUUUUAUUUUAUAGCCUGAUCAAAUUCCAAGACACAUUUAUUGGACCGGUGUAUGAUGCUAUGUGUGAGAAAUAUAUUGAGGGAGGAUGCGACAUUGUCUCACUGCUCCAAGAAGCAGACAUUUGGCUUUUCAGGUCUAAUUUUGUGUUUGACUUUCCCCGGCCAACAAUGCCAAAUGUUGUCUACAUUGGAGGGUUCCAGUGUAGGCCUUCACAGCCUCUGCCACCUGACCUGGAGGAGUUUGUUCAGAGUGCGGGGGAACAUGGAGUCAUUAUCAUGAGUCUGGGAACUUAUGUUGAAAAUUUGCCAGAAGAAACUGUGGAUGAAAUUGCCGGUGUUUUUGCUGCGAUGCCCCAAAAGGUCAUUUGGAGACACAAAGGGAAGCAUCCCUCUACAUUGGGCAACAAUACUCUAAUGGUAGACUGGAUGCCACAAAGGGACCUCCUCGGUCAUCCGCAGAUCAAAGCAUUUGUGGCUCACGGAGGAACAAAUGGAGUCCAGGAAGCCAUUUACUAUGGAGUACCUGUUCUUGGCAUUCCCUUGUUCUUUGACCAGUAUGACAACCUUCUACGUUUGCAGGAAAGAGGAGCAGCAAAGAUUAUUCUGCUUCAUGAAAUCUGUGGUGACACCUUUGAGAGAGGUGUUAAAGAAGUACUCUAUAAUGACAGCUACAGAUAUAAUAUACAAAGACUAUCAAGUUUGCACCGAGAUCAGCCAGUAACACCCAUGGAUCAGGCCACAUUUUGGAUUGAGUAUGUGAUACGCCACAAAGGAGCCCCUCAUCUACGUACAGAAGCUUACAGGAUGCCUUGGUAUUCAUAUCACUGUUUAGAUGUACUAUUAUUUUUGAUUACUUCUGUAACUGUGCUCCUAUUUCUUUUUUUUGCUGUAUUUAGAUUUCUGUUCUGUAGAAAAGGAAGAAACGGAAAACUAAAACAAAAAUGAGCAUAAUGAUUGGAUUAAUGUACUUUCUACUGUGCCCGAUAAAAUCAUUUAAACCCUUUGAA